AUGGCUCAAACCGCCUCCCUGCGCUGCCGGGUGGUGGAGGCCAAGGAGCUGCCGGCCAAGGACGUCUCCGGCUCCAGCGAUCCCUACUGCCUGCUCAAGGUGGACAACGAGGUGGUGGCCAGGACGGCCACGGUGUGGAGGAGCCUGAACCCCUUCUGGGGCGAGGAGUACACGCUGCGGCUGCCCCCCGGCUUCCAGCGCCUCGCCGUCUACGUGCUAGAUGAGGACGCCGUCGGGCAGGACGACGUGAUCGGCAAAAUCUCGCUCAGCCGGGAGCAGAUCCUGGCCGAGGCGCGGGGCGUCGACGGCUGGCUCCGCCUGGCGCCCGUCGACCCGGACGAGGAGGUGCAGGGCGAGAUCCACGUGGAGCUGCGGGUGUCGUGGCGCGGGGGCCCCUGGGUGCUGCAGUGCCACCUCAUCGAGGCCAGGGACCUGGCCCCACGGGACCUCUCGGGCACCUCGGACCCCUUUGCGCGGGUGUCGUGCUGCGGGCGCACCUUGGAGACCACCGUCAUUAAGAAAACUCGUUUCCCGCACUGGGACGAGGUGCUGGAGUUCGAGCUGCCAGCUGGGGAGCUGGGGGAGGCCGUGCUGAGCGUGGAGGUGUGGGACUGGGACAUCGUGGGCAAGAACGACUUCCUGGGACAGGUCGAGUUCCCCCUGGAUGCCAUCUGCAAGGCCCCCACCAAGGGCUGGUUCCCGCUCCUGCCCUUCCCCAGCACCGCUGAGGAUGCCGGGGCCCGGCUGGGAUCUCUGCGGCUCAAAGUACAGCUGGUGGAGGACAGGGUCCUGCCCGCCACCUACUACCAGCCCCUCAUCGAGCUCCUCGUGGAGUCCGUCCUCCACCCGGGCGAGCCUGAAGAUGUCACACCACUGGCCAUCCUGGAGGAGAUCAGCUCAGUGGAGAGCCAGCAGGAUGUGGCCACUCAGCUGGUGAAGAUUUUCCUGGGGCAGGGGCUGGCUGUGCCAUUUCUGGACUACCUCAUCGUCCGUGAGCUGGCCAGGACCACGGACCCCAACACCCUCUUCCGCUCCAACUCACUGGCCUCCAAGUCCAUGGAGCAGUUCAUGAAGGUAGUGGGGAUGCCCUAUCUCCAUGAGGUCCUAAAGCCCAUCGUGAACCGCAUCUUUGAGGAGAAGAAGUAUGUGGAGCUGGAUCCCUGUAAGAUGGAGCUGAGCAGCAGUAGGAGGAUCUCAUUCAAGGGGUCCCUGUCAGAGGCCCAGGUGCGGGAGAGCAGCUUGGAGCUCCUGAAGGGCUACCUGGGGGACAUCAUCGAGGCCAUCGUGGGCUCCGUGGACAAGUGCCCCCCCAUCAUGCGAGUGGCCUUCAAGCAGCUCCGCAGACGAGUGGAAGAGCGCUUCCCCUCAGUGGAGCACGAGGAGGUGAGGUACGUCUCCAUCAGCGGGUUCCUCUUCCUCCGCUUCUUCGCCCCCGCCAUCCUCACCCCGAAGCUCUUCAACCUCCGCGAGCAGCACGCCGACCCGCGCACCAGCCGCACGCUGCUCCUGCUCGCCAAGGCCGUGCAGAGCGUCGCCAACGGCGGGCGGCAGCCGGCGCAGGGCAAGGAGCGGUGGAUGGCCCCGCUGCUCUCCCUCCUCGCGCCCCGCGCCGCCCGCCUCCAGACCUUCCUGGACGCCCUCGCGGCGGUGGAGAGCCAGCCGGCGGGCGAGGGGCCGCCGGAGCGGGCGCCCCGGCCGCCCUCGGCCACCAUCCGGGAGGGCUACGUGCGCGCGGCCGAGGCGCCGGGGCUCUGCCCGCCGCCCCGCUCUGCCUUCAAGAAGCGCUACUUCUGGCUCAGCGCCGAAGCCCUCUCCUCCUCCGCGUCGCCCGAGCGGCAGGCGCGCUGCUCCAUCGCGGUGCGGCGGAUCCGGGCGGCGGAGCGCGUGGACGAGAGCGCCUUCGGGCGCCCGCACACCAUGCAGGUGGUGGCGCAGGACGGCGGCGGGCAGCUCCGCACCACCUACAUCCAGUGCAAGGACGGCCACGAGCUGCAGCAGUGGCUGGGGGCCAUCCGCUCGGCCAGCGUCGCCAACGAGCACAUGCUGCCCACGUGCCACCCCGGCGCCUUCCGCGGCGCCCGCUGGACCUGCUGCCAGCAGCCCGCGCGCUCCGCGCCCGGGUGCAGCCGGACCCACUCGGUGGUGGCGCUGGGCGCCUGGAGCGACCCACUGGACCCGGCAGCGGCGGCGCAGCGGCUCUUUGAGCACCUGCAGCGCGCGGCAGCGGCGCUGCGGCAGCCGGUGGCGGCGGCGGUGGAGGGGCCCAAGGGCGGUGCGGUGCUGGAGCCCCCAGCGGCGGGGCGCGCCGGGCGCCUGCUGGCCGUCGUCCGGGACCUGGAGCUCGCCCACGAGGCCUUCGCCCGCCGCGAGGCCGCCGCGGGCCCGCCCCCGCCGCGCUAG